AGAUUAGAAUAUAGAAAAGGGUAAAAGGAGGGAAGAAUUUAUGUUUUAUGGGGAUAAUAGCGUAUCUACAGAUAUCCAGAAAUUUUAUUUAGUUGCUUUGGAGAAGUGUUUUAAAAAGCAAAUAUCUCAAUUAGAAUAGAGGGUUCGUUCAAGAUUUUGCCUGAUACAGAGGAACAACCACAGACGAACAACCACACAAUGCACCUCAAAACAGGUAGGAAAAAUUAAAUAGGCUUUUCAGAUACUGCAGCACUCCUGGAGAAAGCUUUUGGUUUUUCUUUUCUGUUUUGAGUUGGGCUGGUUGGGCGGUUUUUUAGGCUCUUUUAGCUGAGAGAUGAAGUGGGGAGGAGAAAAAAAGGAAGAAGGAAAGUACAGCAAGCAGAAGCAAAAGUAGUGGAUUUUGUUUGUUAAUGGGUCACAAAGAUGAGAGCCACCCCAUGGUGGCAGUCAAGUUGAACGAGCAGAAGCCAAAGGACUGGAUUCAGGCUCACAGAACGUGGCACCCGAAGCUCCUCUUUUUAUGGGUGUGUUUGCUAGGUAUUAUCUGCUAUAAUAUUAUCUAUAACUAUUUGGACCUUAAUGCUCUGGCGAGAAGGGAGGAGGUUCUGGUAACAAUGUGUGAUCAGCGGGCCAGGAUGCUUCAGGAUCAAUUCAAUGUUAGUGUCAAUCAUGUGCAUGCUCUUGCAAUUCUGGUCUCCACUUUCCAUUACUACAAAAACCCUUCUGCUAUUGAUAAGGAGACUUUUUCUAGAUACACUGGUGGGACGGCUUUUGAGCGACCAUUGCUGAAUGGGGUGGCAUAUGCACAAAGAGUUUUGCAUUCAGAGAGGGAGGAAUUUGAGAAACAGCAGCGCUGGACAGUAAAGACGAUGGAGAGGGAGCCGUCACCAAUGCGUGAGGAAUAUGCUCCCGUGAUAUUUACACAGGAAACUGUUUCCUAUCUUGAAUCCAUUGAUAUGAUGUCUGGAGAGGAGGACAGAGAAAACAUUUUGAGGGCCAGAGAAACGGGGAAAGCUGUUCUUACAAGCCCUUUUAGGCUGCUGGGUUCUCAUCAUCUGGGUGUUGUCUUGACUUUCCCGGUUUAUCGUGCCAGUAUUCCUUCUGAUGCAACUGUUGAAGAACGCAUUGUAGCAACCGCUGGAUAUGUUGGUGGAUCCUUUGAUGUUGAAUCGCUUGUUGAAAAUUUGCUCGGGCAACUUGCUGGGAAGGAGGCAAUUGUGGUAAAUGUAUAUGAUGUCACUAACUCUUCUGAUCCCCUCAUCAUGUACGGACCUCAACAUCCUGUUGGUGACAUGUCCCUCUGGCAUAUCAGCGUGCUUGAUUUUGGGGAUCCAUUCAGGAAGCACAUGAUGAGAUGCAGAUACCUGCAGAAGCGCCCCCCCUCAUGGACAGCUAUUGCAACCUCAUUGUUUAGCUUCGUGAUUGGCGUAUUGUUAGGAUAUAUCUUCUAUGGUGCAGCAGUGCGCAUUGUGAAAGUCGAGGAUGAUUUCCAUGAAAUGCAAAAACUAAAAGCCCAAGCGGAAGCUGCUGAUGUUGCCAAAUCUCAGUUUCUAGCAACUGUUUCUCAUGAGAUCAGAACACCCAUGAAUGGUGUCCUUGGAAUGCUUGGUCUACUUCUAGAUACAAAUCUAGAUUCAGCCCAAAAGGAAUACGCCCAAACUGCUCAAGCCUGUGGGAAAGCACUGAUAACACUUAUAAAUGAAGUGCUUGACCGAGCAAAAAUUGAAGCUGGAAAGUUAGAGUUAGAGGCUAUCCCCUUCAACCUUCGAUCCAUACUAGAUGAAGUUAUCUCCUUAUUUUCUGUGAAGACUAGGCACAAGGGAAUUGAGCUUGCCGCGCUUGUCUCUGAUAAACUUCCUGAAAUCCUUGUCGGUGACCCAGGGAGAAUCCGUCAGAUAAUUACAAAUCUAGUGGGCAACUCGGUUAAAUUUACUGAGAGGGGUCACAUAUUUGUACAAGUACAUCUAGCUGAACAUACAAAGUCUGUGAUUGAUGCAAAAACGGAAGCAUGGUCUAAAAGCGGAUCAGAUCAAGUGGAAUUUAUUCCAUGUGGCGGUCAGUUCAAUACCUUGAGUGGUUGUGAAGCAGCUGAUGGUCGGAACAGCUGGGAAACUUUUAAGCUUCUUAAUGGAGACGAGGAGUUCUGCUCUGAUCGUUUAGAUAACUGGAUGGCCACUGAUGAUGCUUCUGAGAGCGUGACAUUGGUUGUAUCUGUUGAGGAUACAGGGAUUGGAAUCCCACUACUCGCCCAAGGUCGGGUUUUCAUGCCCUUUAUGCAGGCAGAUAGUUCGACCUCCCGGAACUAUGGUGGAACUGGAAUUGGCUUGAGCAUCAGUAAGUGUCUGGUUGAGCUGAUGGGUGGGAAGAUAAACUUUAUCAGCCAGCCUCACAUUGGAAGCACAUUUAUGUUCACUGCUGUCUUGAGAAGAUGUGAGAAGAAUGGAAGUACUGAUCUGCAAAGGUCUCUUUCUGAGGCUCUGCCUACUGGUUUCAGAGGGAUGAAAGCAAUUAUAGUUGAUGGAAAACCAGUCAGAGCUGCUGUAACAAAGUACCAUCUAGAGAGACUUGGUAUCUUGGUAGAAGUUGCUAGUAGUAUUGAGAUGGUGAUUGGUGCAGUACCUCGAUCAAAUGGUUAUUCAAGAUCUGGAGAUGGAAAGCUUCCGGACAUGAUUCUGGUUGAAAAGGAUUGCUGGAUUUCUGGUGGGGAUGGUGGCUUGCCUGUAUGUUUAAUGAACUGUAAACAAAAUGGCCGCAUGGUUGAUUUGCCUAAGAUGAUGCUUCUCGCCACAUCUAUUUUCCCUGCUGAAUUUGAUAAAGCGAAGGCUGCAGGUUUUGCUGAUACUGUCAUCAUGAAACCUUUGAGAGCAAGUAUGAUAGCAGCAUGCCUUCAGCAGGUACUGGGGGUGGGCAAUAAGAAGCGAAAAGGGAAAGAAAUGACCAAUGAAUCUGCCUUCCUUCAUAAAUUGCUACAGGGGAAAAAUAUAUUGGUGGUUGAUGACAAUAGGGUGAAUCGCAGAGUUGCUGCUGGUGCACUUGAGAAGUUUGGGGCUAAGGUGGAGUGUGCUGAAAGUGGAAAGGCUGCUCUUAACCUGCUUAAAGUGCCAUACAAAUUUGAUGCUUGCUUCAUGGACAUUCAGAUGCCAGAAAUGGAUGGGUUUGAAGCAACCCGCUUAAUUAGGCUCAUGGAGAGCAAAAUGAAUGAGAAGAUGAAGAAUGGAGGAGGAUCCUGCUUUGAAGAUUCAGCAACCAGGAGGGAGUUGCACAUGCCUAUAUUGGCUAUGACAGCUGAUGUAAUUCAUGCCACACACGAGGAAUGCCUGAAAUAUGGAAUGGAUGGUUAUGUCUCGAAGCCCUUUGAGGAGGAAAAUCUCUAUCAGGCAGUGGCCCUGUUCUUUGAAACCAAGACCAUCGCAGAUUCCUGACAAGAUCCUCUUUACCAAAUCAGCAGACUCGGACUGUAGAAACAAGCAAAACGCCUGCUUCACACGGUGCUAGCAUUUCCGAUCUUUUCUGUGAUCGCCUUGGUAGUGACAUGUGAUUAUGUUGAGAGUUGUUAUCUGUCGGGGGAGGGGUAUGGAAGAUUUCUUUGGCUAGACUUGUACAAUGGAUCAGGUAAUUGUUGAUAACCAACUCCAUGAACUUGACUAUUGUCAUGUUUACAUAGUAUACUAAAAUUGUACCUCCAUCCCUUCUAUAUGUAUAGAACUCUAGUGGGUAAGAGGGCCAAGUUGCUUGUUUUUUGGGUGUUUGGAAGGGGGACAUGUAGAUGUUGUGGGUUUCCUGUGUUUCCAUAAAAAUGUAUAUUUGAUAACUAUUUUAUAUAAAAUCAAGCUAUUUCUCAUUC